AUGGGCUCUUUCCGAGAUUUAUACAAGAACGAUGUCGAUUUUGCUGCAUUGUCCUUGCAAUCCAAGGAAUUUGCGCAAUACUUGAAACCAAAUGGCCAGCUGGACUUCAAUGAUUCAGAUGCAGUGAGGCAAUUGACAAUCAGCCUGCUCAAGCAGGACUUCGGACUUGAUGUGAAGUUACCAGAAGACCGACUCUGUCCACCAGUCCCAAACAGGUUGAAUUACAUACUCUGGUUGCACGAUAUUGUCGAAUCGACGUCAAAGACAUCGAAUAUCGGAAAUGACGCUGAAGAGAAAGUCAUAGGUCUUGACAUUGGAACGGGAUGUUGCAGCAUCUACCCGUUGCUCGGAUGCAAAACCAGACCUUCCUGGGAGUUUGUCGCCACCGACAUUGAUGAGAACAAUGCACGAACUGCACAGGAGAAUGUGAAAACGAACCAGCUCGAAUCUCGCAUUCGAGUCAUCAAGACAGACCCCAAGGAUGCCCUCUUCCCACUGGACAAGAUCGAGCAAAAUAGCCUCGAUUUCACAAUGUGCAACCCCCCAUUCUACACAUCACGCGAAGAAAUGGCCCAAUCAUCAGAAAGUAAAUCACAGCAACCCUCAUCAGUCUGCACAGGCGCCGAUGUGGAAAUGGUCACGAAGGGCGGAGAAGUCGCAUUUGUCACAAAAAUGAUCGAUGAGAGUCUCGAUCUUCGAGAUCGUAUCCAAUGGUACACUUCUAUGCUUGGAAAACUGAGUAGUGUUACCGUUCUGGUCGAAGCGCUCAUCAAACAUGGUAAUCACAACUAUGCCGUGACGGAAUUCGUUCAAGGGAGUAAAACUAAACGUUGGGCUUUGGCCUGGUCUUGGGGAGAUCGUCGUCCUUUCAUGAGUGUUGCUAGGGGGAUUCCUGGAUUCCCUAAACAUCUACUUCCCUUCCCUGCUGAAUAUAACUUCACACUCCCAAGUGAGAUCUCUAUUGACGAUGCGACAACAUCGAUGGACAAAGAGUUAGAGUCGCUUCGUUGGUUCUGGGAAUGGGAUCAAUCUCGCAGCGCUGGCGUUGGAUUUGCCACUGAGAAUGUUUGGUCAAGACAAGCGCGUCGGAAGAUGAAAUUGGCUGGACAGGGCGGUUCUUCUGCGAAGAUUGAUACUGUCCCGGAUGGGGUUGCUUUGGGCAUUCGUGUCGAGGCCAAGCUUGUUCGGGGCCAGUCGGAUUCUUCGAAUAAGAAUGAAGUACAGAUUGUGAUACACUGGAUCCAGGGUAUGGAUAGUGUGUUGUUCGAAAGUUUCUGCGGGAUGUUGAAGAGAAAACUGGAAUUGAGCAAGCCACAAGCAUCCGAGAAAUAG